AUGCGUGUGUGCCUGUGCUUCUCGUGUGAGUUGAUUAAGGUGCGGCCGCGUCCCCUCAUCAGACAGGCAGGUAAGGAGCAUUUCGGGCAGCUGCUGGAGGCGCACCCCGAAGUGGACAGCGACGUCACCUCCCGCUGCCUCUCCCUCGCCCACACGCUGCUCACGCCGGAGUCCAAGUCGCUGGGUUUGCCGGAUUUCCCCGUCGACAACCUGGGCUCAGUUAUCUCCAUCCUGGACAAGUUCCCUGCCACGGACCCGUCCCGCCUGGUGAUGCGGCUGUACCCUUACCCAGCAUUCCUCGCACAAGACAACUUCAAGUCUGUCGAGGAUGUGCUGUCAACGUUUGGCUUCAACUCCUUCCUGUGCAGCAACACUCCCGCAGGCGUCAACGAGGUCCAGGAGGUGCGUGGCAAGGAGGGCGCUCCCAACACAGCCCAGGUGGUGCUUAAGGUGGAGGGGAGGGAGGCAGCAGCCCAGGUGACAUCAGGAACCAGCUGGGGAAGUGUUCCGCCGCCCUUCGUGUUCACUCCCUACCACCACGAGAUUCUGACGGACCUCCUGCAGAGCCACAGCGUUGCCGACACGUGCAUCAUUGGCCCCCGAGGCUGUGGCAAGUCUGCAGCCGUGGCAAAGAUGGCACACCUGCUGGGCUACCAGACUGAGCCUAUUCUUGUUUAUCAGGACAUGACCUCGCGUGACUUGGUGCAGCAGCGUGUCACCUCCCCAAGUGGAGACACCACCUGGCAGUUUUCCCCGCUGGUGAUGGCGGCGCUGGAGGGCAAGAUGGCCAUCCUGGACGGCAUCCACAGACUCCACCAUGGCACACUGGCUGUGCUACAUCGGUUAGUACAUGACCGUGAAAUGCAGCUGUAUGAUGGGUCGAGGUUGCUGCGAGCGGACCGUUAUGACACACUCAGGGACAAGAGUGGUCUGUCAGAUGAGGACAUGCUAGCCAGAGGUCUUCACCGCAUCCAUCCCUCAUUUCGUAUUGUGGCGCUGGCAGAGCCCCCAGUGAUUGGUGCAGCUCAGGGGCAGUGGCUCACCCCCGAGGCCCUCACUCUCUUCCUCUACCACAACAUGAGGCGCCUCAGCUCUCAGGAAACCAUUGAUCUUGUACAGAGAUUGGUUGGUGGCUGUGAUCCUCCAGUGAAGGAGCUGAUAUCCCUGGCGUCCCAGCUGUCGGUCUCCAGCGACCCUGCCAUGCGCUCCCUGGCAGAGUCCCUCUCGCUGCGGCAGGUCAUCAGGAUAGCAAAGCGCUUCAGGGCCUACCCAGACUUUGACCUUCGCACUGCUGUAUACAAAGCUUGUCUUGCAAGAUUUCUUCCACCACUUGCCAAGCAAGCUUUGGAUGUUACACUGGAGAACCGAGGCAUCACCAAAGGCAUUCCUCUGGGGAACAAAGAACUGGCGUGUGAGGUGCAGGACGGGGUUCUCAGGAUUGGAAACACUCAUGCUCAGGUGUACAAGCCUGACAAUUCCACUAAGAUUCCUGACACUCUCUUCUUUGAUAUCAAUCAGCAUAUCGCAGUCUUGGAGAACAUGCUGCAGGACUGGCUGUUAGGGGACCACCUGCUGCUGGUGGGCAAUCAAGGUGUUGGCAAGAAUAAGUUGGCCGACAGGUUCCUCUACCUGUUGUCUCGUCCACGGGAAUACAUUCAACUCCACAGAGACACAACAGUCCAGAGUCUGACCAUCCAGCCGGUCGUGCGUGAGGGGCGAAUUCAGCACGAGGACUCACCCUUGGUGGUGGCCGUCAAGACUGGCCGGGUGCUGGUGGUGGACGAGGCUGACAAGGCUCCCACCCACGUCACCUGUGUUCUCAAGACAUUAGUGGAGAACGGAGAAAUGCUGCUCUCUGACGGCCGCCGCAUUGUUCCUGCCACGCACCCGCUGGCCGCCUCAGGGACAGCCAACGUCAUCAUUUCUCACCCAGACUUCCGGAUGAUUGUUCUUGCCAACCGUCCAGGCUUCCCCUUCCUUGGCAAUGACUUCUUUGGGUCACUAGGUGACCUCUUCAGCUGUCAUGCCAUCGACAACCCGAGUGUGGAGUCUGAGAUAGCCCUCCUGCGCUCCUAUGGUCCCGAUGUGCCUGAGGAGAUCAUGCGGCACCUGGUGGGGGCGUUCGGUGAGCUGCGGGACCUGGCGGACCAGGCGCUCAUCCAGUACCCGUACUCAACCAGAGAAGUUGUCAACAUUAUCAAGCACCUCCAGGCCUUCCCGGAUGAUGGCGUGGCCAGUGUGGUGCGCAAUGUCCUUGACUUUGACUCCUGGUCUGGCGAUGCCAAGGAAACUCUGGUGAGAGUCAUGCACCGACACGGCAUCCCUAUCGACACCUCACCCAGGAAUGUGAACCUGGCCAAGAAAAUUCCUUUGCCCGAGCCCACCCUGGCAGCCACCUGGCAAGUCAUGGCCCAGCGGCACCAGGGGAAGACGGGGCUCAUGAGGCUCCCCAUCGACUCCUCCUACCUAAAGAUCAGGAGUCCAAAGAGGGUGAAUGUAUCCUUCCUGGAAGUUGAUGCUGUUCAGUCGAGGUCUUCAGUAUUUACAGAGCAGCAGAGCUACUGGCCGCUCCCUGUGUAUGAGACAGCUCUAGUGUCUGAUGUUGCUGUCAGCCCGGGAGGCACUCACGAUGCCCUUGAUGACACCAUACAGGUCACCACCGUGGCCCCCUCAGCCCUUUACUCUCUGGUUCCCAAAGGCACCAGACAACCUUUAAAGCAAAUGCUCCUCCAUGACUUGCUGCCCCGCUAUCGUUCUGCCUAUCAGCCCAGGCUGAAGGUGGCAAGCCUACAUGAUGGCAGAGUUGCACUUCAUGAGGAAGCUUCCAACACACUCAUGAUUACGAAUAUGGAUAAGGGCACUGUUUCCGAGGUGCAGCUCAGCUCCAUCUUUGAGGCUGCUACUGAAAAACUUUGGAAAAAGAUUGGAUCUGUCAAACAGACGUACCUCCGUAUGUGUAAGGACAGAGCAGACAAGGGUCAACUUGCCUUGUGGGAAGUUGGAGGUGAGAAAGUAAUCUUUAUUGAUUUGGUUGAUGAGAUGCUCCACUCUAUAGACAUACCCUUCCCUCUGUCAUCAUUCCACCUACUGGAUGAUGGCCACCAGUGGCUGGCUGCUGAUGAAGAUGGUGGGAAGUGGCUGCUGAAACGUGAUGGCUCAGAGUUUGUCCUUCACCCAAUGACUCAAUUAUCAAAGAAUGAUAGUCAGCCUGUCACUGUGUCAGUUGUUACUCCACACAACCUGACAGACUUUGUCUUAUCCUCGGCUCUCAAGCAACAGAUCAGUGCUCCAAGCCGGUUGAUUGCCCCAAAGGAUGCUUUAGCUGCCAUUGCUGUAGGUUUUCCUGAACUUGACGCCAGUGAAAAUGAAGUCUAUGUUUGGAAUCGCAAGGGAAUGUCACUUCAGGAUCCUCUCCCACUCUGUGACUCGGCCAGCGUCACCAUCACACUCAAAGAUUGUGGACAGAUUGUGAGGUGUGUGAAUGAUGCUCCAGAUGAUGCUUUUCACUAUACUCAGCCACCAGCAACAAAUUGUCACUUCUUGGAGGUGACAGAUUUAGUCAACCACAGUGUAAGUUACGUUCCUGUGCCAAGAGCUUCUCAAGCAUCGCCUUACUGGGCCUGGGCAGCAGCAGCCCGCACAACUCCACUUGUCCUGGCAGCAACCUCUGGCCAAGGAGUGGCUUCCGUUGACUCAAGUGGAGUGUUACGUCUCUGGCAAACAGGAAGUGAAGGAUUACAGAGAUCUCUUGCAGAGUGGCGAAAAAUGAUCGGCGAAGACAGCGCAGACCUGAGAUUGGAUAUUGAGAGGUACAGUGGGGAGGAUGUCACCGAGCCCAAGCAUGGAAAGGAAGAUCCGGACAAUGAGCCUCAUGUAGGAGGAAACACAUGGGCUGGAGGGACGGGGGGGAGAGACACAGCUGGCCUCGGGGGCAAAGGUGGGCCUUACCGCCUGGACGCUGGCCACGAUGUCCACCAGGUGUCUCAGGCAGAGAAGGAUGCUGUCCCAGAGGAAGUGAGAAGAGCCGCACACGAGAUGGCACAAAGAGCCUUUAAGGAACGACUGCGACAGAUCAAAAUGAGUGAAUAUGAUGCUUCGCUUUAUGAGAGAUUUUCAAAGAGUGUGGAGCCUCAAAUUCGAGCACUGCGCGGCAUCAUCAGUACUCUUCAGGCCAAGGGAAAGGAGAGGCAGUGGCUUCGUCACCGCACCUCGGGUGAGCUGGACGACACCAAGCUCAUCGAGGGGCUGGCCGGGGAAAGAAACAUUUAUCGACAGAGGCGUGAAGAAGAGCCAGAGGUUGGCGCUCCGCAGACACACCCAAAGCGUCUGCGUCUGGUUGUUGAUGUUUCAGGGUCGAUGUACAGAUUUAAUGGUCAUGACGGCCGCCUGGAGCGUGAGCUGGAGGCAACGCUCAUGGUGAUGGAGGCCUUUGAAGGGUUUGAAACCAAAUUCAAAUAUGACAUCUAUGGACAUUCAGGUGAAGAUUAUGCUGUUCCCCUCGUAGAGUCUGCCAGCGUUCCCAGCAACAACAAGGAACGUCUAGAUAUCUUGAAGACAAUGCAGGCUCACUCCCAGUUCUGUCUCAGUGGUGACCACACUCUUGAGGCAGCCAUGAGUGCUGUGAAGCAGGUGGCUCUAGAGGAGGCUGAUGAAAGGUUUGUUAUCUUACUUUCUGAUGCAAAUCUUGAAAGGUAUGGAAUUCGGCCAAGCGAGCUGGCCAAGGCUCUCACUUCCGAGAGUUCCGUCAACACUUAUGCCAUAUUCAUUGGUUCUCUCGGUGACCAGGCCGACAGGCUGACAAAAGCCCUGCCUGCCGGACACUCCUUUGUGUGUCUUGACCUCAAGAGGAUUCCCCAGAUACUGCAACAAAUCUUUACCUCAGCAAUGUUAAAGUAACUCUUCAGCAAAUAGUGAUAGUGGAAAUCAGUUACCUAUGCAGAUAUAAUUAUAUCCCUGUACAAUAAAUAUAUGAAUAUAUUUACUUUAUAUA